UGAUUCCCAUUUAACGUUAUAAUCACAAUCUCAUCAUAAAAUAUCCAAACAACUACAUCAUUGAGUUAUUUCAAUAUCAGCUAAUAUAAAAAGAGAUAUUGAAAAGCUACAAAUUUGCUGAAAUUGAAAUUUUUGAUAGCAUCAAAGUCUAAUAAACUUUUUUCAAAUCGGAUCUUACGAACUUUGAUACACCUCUUGCGUGUAUUGUGUAUACUUGUAUUCUUUUCCGUGGUAAAGAAGUUUCCAGUUGGUAAACUUGAAAUCAACUUUGAUUAUAUAUCGGUGACGACAGCAAUCUGACACUCAUAGCCGCAUACUUACAAACAACAUUUUCGCACGGCAGUUCGGGAAACUACACAAUUCCCGAAAUGGAAACUCAAGUAGAGCAGCCUUUCGUUUGUCAAUUCCUAGAAAAACCGACCUCUCAGAAAAAUUCUGAAGACAUAAGCGAGCCUUUGACACCUGCUGACAACCGUAAUGAUGAAGAAAACCUGAAGAUACUUGAGGAGUCUUCGUCAGGCGACGAAACUGAACUCGAACAAGACGAUGGUGCCUCUAUGCAGAUGACAAUGACACAAGAUCCCCAAUCAAAUCAAGGUGCUGAGCAUCUUCUUUAUCGGAAAUCCACGUCACCAUCAUCGCCAUCAUCAGCAUCAAAAUUGCCAUCAGCUGUUCCAGGGUCUCGCUCUAAAUCAACUUCCGCCGAACAAAAAAGUCAACUCACAUCAGAAAAUAAUCAUCAACGGUCGACCUCAAAUAGAAAUUCACCCUCGAUUUACGAAUCAUCAGGACUGCCCGUAAUCCAAUCAUCAAUUCCGCGCGAAAUAUCGCAUCAAAUCGGCUCAAAAUAUAACCAACUUUUGAAUUUACAGUCGGCAAAAAAUCGAUUCUUGGAUUCAGAAAUGCUCAAUUCAGUGCCGAGUAAUUUCUCAAUCAGCAGUUUAGCCUCUCAGUCAGUUCCUAACUCAUCCACAGUUAGUGAAUUGAAACUGAAACUGGACGAACUCAUGGAUUGCUCGUCUAGUGAGCCAAUGUCAUCAAACUCGUCUCUCCCCGAAGAUUUUUCAGUUGAAAAAUGUCACUUCUGUGAACAAACUUUUGCAGACAGAAUCGGACUCUAUCAGCACAAACGAUACAACUGCUCCAAGAACCCUGAGGUCCUGUUGCAUCAAGCAGUAGCAUACACUAAGUCAGUUCAAGACGUUGCUGGAACCCAAAUAACCGAGAAAGACCUGUCUUCGAUUAUAAAAUCCGAGAUGAAUUCGUCAUCUUUUUCUCCUUCGACCCCGAUGUCAACAUGCAAAUUUGGAACACUGUCAUUGGCCAAUCAGAAUGCUCAAAACUUGGAGCGAAAGAAACGAACAGUGUACACAGACAAGCAGUUGGAGACUCUUAGAGAAUACUAUGUCAAACAGCCGAAUCCGAAUUCAGACGACAUUGAGAAAAUCGCAAACAAUAUUGGACUGACAAAGCGAAAUGUUCAGGUUUGGUUCCAGAACAAACGAGCGAGGGAUAAGAAAAACCCUGGAAUUUUCGACUAUUUGGACUCUUCGAUUUCAGCGACUAGCCCAACCCAUUCCGUGACGUCUGAGAUCUCAGUCAAGGUUCAAUCGAAAUCACCAGCAGUCGAGGGAAUUGAUCAGUCACCUGUUUCAUUAGUAAACACCAAUUUGAGCGUAAACAAGGUGAAAAAUGAAGGCGUUCUCGCAUCAUCUCCUAUGAAACCAGAGGCAUUAAUCAGCAAUAGCAACACCAACAAACUGCCAAGCGGAGAGUCGAACGUAGUUCCCAAUCUGUAUUCGUACCAAUGGCUCAGUUUUCUGUCUAUCUAUCAAGCAAUGGCCGCACAAAGCAUGCUCAACGGAGGUCUAAACCCAGCUUCUCUUUUGCAAAACCAACUCGCAAAUUUGGCUAUUCUGAAUCAGUUGAAAACAGAAACAGCGACUAGCAAUUUGGAAUCAUCUGAGAAGUCGCCGUCAACAAAGCCAUCACCUGUUCAAUCUGAACUCGGUGGACUUGUGACCCCCAACAAAUCUGACGCCAGUUUGGAAACUUCGUCGAAAGCUUCUGAAGACGAACCUCUUGAUCUUUCACUAGUGAAAACCGAACACGAGCACGAUAUGAGUAAAUCCAGUUCAACAUCACCCGGUUCUGACACUGGCUCAGUGGUGAACGCCUCAAAUGGGAUCUCAAAUGACGGAAGCAUCAGUGGUGUCUCAAACUCAUCGGACUCUUUGAUCAUGGAUCUGAGCAGUUCAAUUCUGCCGCCGACGUUGAUGUCUCCGGGAAGUCAAGAUUUGAACUCAUCUGCUUCAUCUUCGCCUCUGUCAUUGUCCAAUAGUUCUUUUCUCGGAGGGUUGAUGGGACAUCAACAUAACCAAAAAACUGACUGUGGCUCUGCAGCUGGUUCUUCCACCUCCUCGCCAGUUGAGUCAUGCAGAAGUAGCAGUCCGAGUAGUCUGCUGGCAGCCGCCUGUGCCGCCAACCCCUCCCACGGGGGUCCAUUUGCAUGCACCCAGUGCAAGAAGGUGUUCCAGAAACAGAGCUCACUCAUCCGACAUAUCUACGAACAUUCCGGCAAGCGUCCAUACCAAUGUACGCAAUGUGACAAGGCGUUCAAGCACAAACACCACCUCACAGAACACUCCCGCCUGCACUCUGGAGAGAGACCCUUCCAGUGUCCCAACUGCGCCAAGAGAUUCUCCCAUUCAGGAUCGUACAGUCAGCAUUUGUCUCAAAAACGGUGUCUUUGAGGUCUCACGUUUAAACUGCGAGCAAUCAAAGCUCAAAUUUUGUCGAUGAAAUCAGAACCGAGCCAAGGAAUGGACGAGAGGACCAAAGUUGCAUAGAAAACUGCAGUUGCCUGUCAAUCAAAACAAUGAAACGAACCAGAAACUUCUUCAUUAAAUAAAACUAAUGGCCGAAAUUUAAAACUCAAUUGUUUUGUGCACCGGUGUUGCUUUCAAUUUUGACCAAUUAUCAUUAUCACCCUGCGUGCAUUAAUGUUAAAGUGCAAUUAUUCGCAAUCAGUUUUUGUAUCAUGUACAGGUAAAUUAGUUAAAAAGUAAUCUAAACCAAACCAAUGAAUUUGCUUCCUAAAUAAGCCUUACUGCUUGAUUUCGCUCCUUCAUUGAGUAAAUCAUUGAUAAUCAUAUCUUUAGUUAUAACACUGUUUAUGUUGUUUAAUUUUGCUGAACAAGUGCAAUAACCACAAAAAUAAAUUGCAUCGCAGCAGCCUUAUCUCAUCACCCUAUGUCAUCACCAUGUCUCUCCUUAUGUUUUUUUUCUCUUGAAGUCUUAAAUCAAGUGAUCAUCAUUUUAUUCUGUGUUGAUUGCAAUAGUACAUAUUUAUAGAAUAGAUAAAUUUUGGAUACUAAAAUUUGGGCUGGCAAUCAAUUCAAUUUCUAUCCCUUAA